AGAGAGAUGAGCAUCUGUGCAAAGAAUGGUGCUACAGCUGUGAGUGCCAUGGAGUGGGCAGCAGGUGGAAAAGGUGUAUGUGAGGGCAGCAAGGUGAACAUUUUCUUCCAGCUGUGGGGAGAUGACAGCCUGUCUGUGAUAACCUGUGAGUCAGACACAGAAAUGAAGUUAAAGAAGAAGAUUCUUCACAAGCCUCCAAAGUCACCAAAGUCUCCAUACAGCUCUAGCACACAACUGUAUUCCAAAAAAGCCACAGCCUGGAGGUCUCCACAAGGAACAGGCAGUGCAUGUUUCGAGAGUGCAGCUGGAAAAAACCCAAGGCAGAUGUGGUCGGGAUCACUGAAACAAGGAGUGAGCCAUCCUCUGAAAUCAGAUGUUGACAUGGGGCAUACUAGAACUAACCUUUCCAGUAGCACUCCAGAAUAUUUGAAGGAAGCUCUAGGAAUGAAGAAGCCAAAACAUUCUCGUUCUUCUAGUAAUGGCUACAUUCCUGGAACUCCUGACUACAAAGAAAAAGAAGAUAUGUAUGAUGAAAUUAUAGAACUGAAAAAGACAAUACAUGCUCAGAAGAAUGAGGGAGAUCGGAUGAAAACGAAGCUCCGUCGACUGGAGGAGGAAAACAAUAGGAAGGAUAGACAGAUUGAACAACUGUUGGAUCCUUCCAGGGGCUCUGAGCUGGCACGAGCUUUGUCAGAAAAGAAGACUGAUAAUGGAUGGGUGGUCGGUGGAUUAAAGCAGAAGAUCCUCAAGCUUGAACAGCAGUGCAAGGAGAAAGACGACACUAUUGACAACUUCCAGGCAGAUGUGAAGACCAAUAAUUUGGAAGAAGUGAGGUUAGCUAUGGAAACCUACUACGAAGAGGUCCAUCGUCUCCAGCUCCUCCUGGCAAAGUCUGAGACUAUGAGGAAAAAUGCAGAGGGCAGGGACACCCAAAAACGGCUCAAGGCACUGAAUUCUGCUGUCCUGAGACUGUCCAGGAACAUCAAGGAAUUGCAGACUGAGAAUCGGAGACUGAAGGAAGAUCUGGAUCAUGUGCUCAGCAGUUCUCCUUCCGGUAAAACAAAAACUUACAGUGAGUGGAGCAAACAGAGGCUGGUGAGGAAGAUUUCAGAGCUAGAAAAAAAAGUAUGUGCCAUGGAGAGCACCAGGGUGUCAUCAGCAGAUAGUGAGUCAUCACAGUUCCCUGCUGUGCCAUCUUCACCUUCUGUGCACCUGGAUCAUUCAGGCUCCCAACAGGUAGACCAUGUUGAGGAAUGUUGUCGCCUCCAAAGGCAAGUGAAGAAGCUAAAGAGUGAUAGGAAAGCACUUCAAAACCUCCUGCUUAGUAAAGAAUUAGAUAUCAAACAGUUACUGCAGGCUAAGGCUGAAGUGGAGCUGGAGCUGCAGAAGUGGAAGAAUAAGGUGGAAGAAAAGAGUCCAGAAGAGCAGACAUUAAGUGAGGAAAUCCAGAAGCUGGAAUGUAGGGUGAAACUGGAGUCCAAAAUGGAAGAAGAGAAAAGACAAAUGGGAGAAGAUACAGUGGAAAAGCUCAAUAAGCCUUCACCAGGCUCCACAGAUAAAGGCAAAGAAGAUCACAGGGAAGAACAAGCAGCCAAAAUCAUCCAGAGACACUGGAAGAUGUACAAAAACAAGAAGGAAGAAAUUGCUCUGGAUGAGGCAGUUGUUGUGCUUCAGGCAGCUUUCAGAGGACAUUUAGCUCGACAGAAACUGUUCCAGAAUAACAGGCUGCAUGAUGCAAAACCUCACAACCAGGUAACUGCAGGGGCAAAGACCUCCUGUGUGUCUUCCAUGUCAGACUCCUCGAGCUUGUCUUCUGAUUGCAAGGAGCGAGAUGAGAUUGUCACAUUCAUCCAGUCCAUUUUCAGGGCUCACUUAGCACGUACAGAACUGCUUGAGGAGAGACCUUCUGUGUCCAGUGCACUGAGUGAGAAAACAGAUUCUGCCGUUUGCAGUACAGAGAAGAAAGCAGGCCCAGCAGCUCUCCAGAGACUUCCUUCAAUCUUCAUGUCAUCUCUUCCUGUGUUGCUUUGCUUGUCCUUGGAGAGGCAGUCACAGCCUGUUCCCUCCCUGCCUGUGGAUGAAGCUCACUCAGAUGAUUCUGAUGAUAUUGUUGUUGUCUCUCCCUUGUUGCAGAUGAAGAAAAGCUACUCCCACUUCUAA